CAGUGGCCAAUCAGAGAUUGAGUUCCUUUCAGGCGGGUAGUUUGGAGAGAGUACAGUUGCCGUGGUAACGCGGCCCAGCUAGGCCCCAGCAGCCCCGAGCUGAGCAGAGUAAGGUAACCCGUCACCAUGUUCAGAGCUCGGGGACUGUGUCUGCGGCAAGAGCGCGGCGUGCCCGAGUGUGAGCGGAGCAAGUUCAUAAAAAUAUUUCAAAUAUGUGAUGAAGAUAAAAAAGGUUAUCUAAGCAGAGAAGACCUGAAAGUGGCCAUUACAAUGCUGUUUGGUUAUAAACCUUCCAAGAUUGAAGUGGAUUCCAUGAUAUCGUUACUACCAAAGACCUCCGGGGUAACUCUGGGUGAGUUUGUCAGAAUGAUGAUCCAAAAGAAAGCAGCACAGAUGAGUAUUGGGGAUGAAAGACAGAUCUUCCAAGUAUUUGAUGCCCAUUGUCGUGGGUAUCUGACAAUUGAAGAUUUUAAACGUGCGUUCAGACAUGUGGCCCCUCACUUAAGUGAACAAACUGUUCUUGAGGCUUUCAGGGAAGUGGAUCAAGAUUCUGAUGGGAUGAUUUGUUACAAGGAAUUUGAAUUUGCCAUGAACUACGGGGAGAAAGAUGAAUAAAUCAACCUGUUAUCUCAUCAAAUAGCGUGCACAUU